AUCACUAAACGACGACAGAUCAUCGAAUCCAAAGCCAAGAAGUCAAGCAAAACGCAAGAAGAAAACGUUUCGAAACACAUCACACAAAUUAAAAAAAACCAAUCGCAUAACUCCUCCGUCCGCCUCCGCCUCCUCGGUGCUUCAAAACAAAAACACAAACCAAAAUUCAAAAAUCACAGUAAAUCAAAUUAAAAAAAAAGAAGAAGCCACAAAUGCACGACAACAACAAUGGGCAACAAGAUCGCGAGGACAACACAAGUAUCCGCGACAGAGUAUUACCUCCACGAUUUACCUUCGUCGUAUAAUCUAGUCUUCAAAGAAGCUCUAGGCCGCGGCCGUUUCUUCAAGUCAAUUCUAUGCAAACACGACGAAGGUUUAGUCAUCGUCAAAGUCUAUUUCAAGCGCGGCGAUCCUAUCAAUCUCCGAGAGUACGAGCGCCGUCUCGAACACAUUAAAGAAACUUUCCUCGCCCUUGACCAUCCUCACGUCUGGCCCUUUCAGUUCUGGCAAGAAACUGAUAAGGCAGCUUAUUUAGUGAGGCAAUUUUUUUUCAAUAAUCUUCACGACCGUUUGAGUACUCGGCCGUUUCUUAGUUUGGUGGAGAAGAAGUGGUUGGCUUUUCAGCUACUUCUUACUUUGAAACAGUGUCAUGAGAAGGGUAUUUGUCAUGGCGAUAUAAAGUGUGAGAAUGUGCUUGUGACUUCUUGGAAUUGGCUCUAUCUUGCUGACUUUGCGUCGUUUAAACCAACUUACAUUCCCUACGAUGACCCUUCCGAUUUUUCUUUCUUCUUCGACACGGGUGGGAGAAGGCUAUGCUAUCUUGCACCUGAGAGAUUUUAUGAGCACGGAGGUGAGAUGCAAGUUUCUCAUGAUGCACCAUUAAAGCCAUCCAUGGACAUUUUUGCCGUAGGGUGUGUUAUUGCAGAGCUUUUCCUUGAGGGUCAGCAACUGUUUGAGCUCUCCCAGCUUCUUGCUUACCGUAGGGGGCAGUAUGAUCCUAGCCAACAUCUUGAAAAGGUACCAGAUAUUGGGAUCCGCAAGAUGAUUCUUCAUAUGAUUCAAUUGGAACCAGAGGCGCGGCAUUCUGCUGAAAGCUACCUGCAAAGUUAUGCAUCUGUCGUGUUUCCUACCUAUUUCUCGCCCUUUUUGCAUAAUUUGUACUGCUGCUGGAAUCCUCUUAACUCCGAUAUGAGGGUUGCAAUGUGCCAAAGUGUUUUCCAUGAAAUACUUAAACAAAUGAUGAGCAGUAAGAUAGGUGAGGAGGCAACUCGCGGACUCUGCUCAUCUGUGAAUGGCAUGAGUGGUAAAGAGUUAGAGGAGAUUGUUGAGCAACAAAACAUUGAUGUGACUAAGGGCUCAGUGAAGAGAGAAAAGACAGAAAAGGGUUCCGUUCGUGAUCAAUGUAAGCUUCUUGGUGAUAUUAAUACCCUGCUUGGGGAUGUCAAACAAAGCAAUGACUAUUGUGCCAUGAAGCUGACACCCGAAAAUGCACCCAAUUCUGCAUUCUCCCAGGACAUCGAGCAAUGCGGCAUGCAAUCACCUGGCGAGCUUCUUCAGGCUAUUUCUAAUGCAUUUAGGAAAAAUGAUCACCCCUUUCUGAAAAAAAUCACCAUGGAUGAUUUGAAUUCAUUAAUGUCGGAGUACGACAGUCAAUCAGAUACAUUUGGCAUGCCCUUUUUACCAAUACCUGAAGAUAACAUGAAAUGUGAAGGUAUGGUUCUGAUUGCCUCACUGCUCUGUUCCUGCAUACGCAAUGUCAAGUUGCCUCACUUAAGAAGGGGGGGUAUACUUUUGCUGAAGUCUUCUUCACUUUAUAUUGAUGAUGAAGACCGGUUGCAGAGAGUACUGCCAUAUGUUAUAGCCAUGCUUUCUGAUCCAGCAGCAAUAGUGCGUUCGGCUGCACUGGAGACUUUAUGUGACAUCUUGCCUUUAGUUCGAGAUUUUACUCCUAGUGAUGCAAAGAUUUUUCCUGAAUAUAUUCUUCCAAUGCUUUCCAUGCUGCCUGAUGAUCCUGAGGAAAGUGUGAGAAUAUGUUAUGCUAGCAAUAUAGCUAAACUGGCACUAACUUCUUAUGGUUUCUUGAUUCACUCAAUUAGCUUGAGUGAGGCUGGUGUACUUGAUGAAGUGACUUCAGCACGGAAGUCAUCGUCAUUAUCCAGUGAUUCAUCGGGACAGCUGCAGAGGGUAAAAAAUGAUUCACAGCUUGCACAGUUGAAGAAAGCCAUUGCUGAGGUCGUCCAAGAACUUGUUAUGGGCCCAAAACAAACUCCAAAUAUCAGGAGAGCCCUCCUCCAUGACAUUGGGAACUUAUGCUGCUUCUUUGGACAGAGACAGAGUAAUGAAUUUCUAUUACCCAUCCUUCCUGCAUUUCUCAAUGAUAGAGAUGAACAGCUGAGGGCAUUAUUCUAUGAAAAGAUUGUUUUUGUCUGCUUCUUUGUGGGUCAGAGAAGUGUGGAGGAGUAUCUUCUACCUUACAUUGAGCAGGCUUUAAGUGAUCAAACAGAGGCAGCUGUUGUUAAUGCAUUGGACUGUUUGUCUAUCCUCUGUAAACGUGGCUUCUUGCGCAAGAGAAUACUGCUUGAAAUGAUAGAACAUGCCUUCCCACUGCUAUGCUAUCCAAGUCAAUGGGUUAGAAGGUCAGCUGUUGCUUUCAUAGCAGCCAGCAGUGAGAGCUUAGGUGCAGUGGAUUCAUAUGUCUUCCUUGCACCAGUUAUACGCCCUUUCCUUCGCAGACAACCGGCUUCCCUAGCUUCUAAGAAGUCUCUAUUUUCUUGUCUGAAGCCUCCUGUCUCAAGACAGGUGUUUUCCCAAGUCUUAGAAAAAGCUAGAAGUUCAGACAUGUUGGAGAGACAGAGAAAAAUAUGGUACAAUUCAUCAGCGCAGUCCAAACAGUGGGAAACUGCUGAUGUGUUACAAGCAGAGAAUGUGGAACCAAAUUCAACAAAGAGUUGGUCUGAUAACAAAUCAAGUCCCGAGACUCAAUGGUGUGAUGAUAAUUCAUUUGAGCAGCCGGAGGAUGAAGAGGCAAAGUUGAGAGCUCUGGGCUUUAGAAGCAAUGCUUCUAGCAUGGGUGAUGUCCGUGAUCCCUUUUGCUCAGAAAAGUUGCAAUCGUCAGGCUAUGUUUCUUCACAGGUUAGUGGAACAAAUAGCUUCACACGUGAUAAAUCCUCAGAAAUACCUUUGUACUCCUUUAGCAUGGACAAGCGAGCAGCCAAAAUUCCUCCUGCUGCUUCUGAUUCUUCAUUGCGAAUGAACUCCUUAGGAAUUGGUUCGUCGUACAUGCCAUGGAUGGACCCAGUAAAUAAAUCAUUCAGCUUGGCUAGUUCUGUUCCUGCUCCUAAGUUGGUUUCAGGUUCAUUCAGCAUCAGUAAUGGGUCUAAACAGUUCUACCGGGUAGUGCAUGAACCUGAAAGCCGGGAAAACGAUCAAACAACUUAUGCUAAUACUAAUAGUAAAUUUCAAGAGAUGGGAUUAUCUGGUGGAAUCAAGGGAAGCUCCCUUGCUGUGGAAGAUGCUUCUGCUCCGACUGAUCUAGCAGGAUUACCAUCCUUUGCUCGGGCCGCAUCUGUUCCUGAUUCAGGUUGGAGACCUCGUGGGGUUUUGGUAGCGCAUCUGCAGGAGCAUCGUUCUGCUGUGAAUGAUAUUGCAAUUUCGAAUGAUCAUAGCCUUUUUGUGAGCGCGUCUGAUGAUUCAACUGUGAAGGUAUGGGAUUCAAGAAAAUUGGAAAAAGAUAUCUCCUUUAGAUCGAGACUGACUUAUCACCUCGAAGGAAGCCGAGCACUUUGCAGUGUAAUGCUUCGUAACUCAUCUCAAGUUGUUGUUGGAGGAUGUGAUGGCGUUAUGCAUGUAUUUUCUGUUGAUCACAUAUCCAGGGGCCUUGGAAAUGUUGUGGAAAAAUAUUCAGGUAUUGCUGAUAUAAAAAAGAAGGAUGUUAAAGAAGGUGCAAUACUUAGCCUUUUGAACUAUACUGCUGAUAGUACUGCUAGUCAGAUUGUUAUGUAUAGCACUCAAAACUGUGGAAUCCAUCUCUGGGAUAUUAGAGCAAAUGUGAAUGCGUGGACAUUAAAAGCUAUUCCUGAGGAGGGCUAUGUCUCCUCUCUUGUAACAGGACCCUCUGGAAAUUGGUUUGUCUCAGGGUCUUCUAGGGGUGUGCUUACCCUUUGGGAUCUACGGUUCCUUAUACCCGUCAACUCUUGGCAGUAUUCUCUUGUUUGCCCAAUAGAGAAGAUGUGCCUUUUUGUCAACAAUCCAGAUUCUGCAGCAAAAAAACCCCAUAUAUAUGUAGCUGCAGGUUGCAAUGAAGUCUCUUUAUGGAAUGCUGAGGAUGGGAGAUGUGAGCAGGUAUUCAAGCCACGGAAUUAUGAUAAUGAUGCUGAAGUGUCUAAUAUGCCAUGGGCCUUGGCUGAACCAUCUGGCAAUGCAAAUUGUAGACCAGAUACAAGGCGUAAUGUCAAUCCAAAAUAUAGAGUUGAUGAGCUGAAUGAUCCUCCUCCUCGUCACCCUGGUAUUCGUUCAAUGCUUCCUUUACCUGGGGGUGAUUUGUUAACUGGAGGCACCGACUUGAAGAUACGUCGGUGGGACUAUUCCAGCCCUAGUCGAAGUUACUGUAUCUGUGGGCCAAAUUUGAAUGGAGUUGGAAAUGAUGAUUUGUAUAAAGAAAGAAAAAUUUCUGGGGUAAAGAUUGUGCAGGAGGCAAAAGGGUGUAUUCCAAGUAAUAAACUGACUGCAAAGGCAGUUAUUGCAGCUGCUGCUACGGAUUCUGCUGGCUGCCAUCGAGAUUCCAUCCUCUCUUUGGCUUCAGUGAAGUUGAAUCAGAGACUUCUUAUUUCAAGCAGUAGAGAUGGGGCUAUCAAGGUCUGGAAGUAAAUAAUCUAAAGCAUACAAGUUACUUAUUGUACAUAUGAUGCUAAUGCUAGUUACAUUGUAUAUAUAUUAAAUUAAGACUAGGAAAUUCAAUUCUCAAUUUUACGCUGAUUAA